CUGAAUGUUAUGUUUUAUUUAUAUGUGUUUUCUUUAAAUUAAUUUUAUACAAUAACCAAUUAAAAUUUUUGUGAAUAUGUUGUUGGAUUCUGAUAGUAUGUCUGACAAAGAACUUAAUGCAGUAAUCUCAAAUCAUCGAAAGAAAUUGGAUAACAUGGAAGCAUUAGGCAAAUUUAUGACUCGUAAAAUUAAACAAAACUUUGAUACAAUUAGUCAAAAAGAUUCAUCACCUUCGAACUCCAGUAGACGUGAACACUGGAAUGAUAACUCAUUCACGGAUGAAAGUUUGAAUUUGAGUAAUAGAAACUUAGAUUGGAAAGGCAGCCCUCUAUACAGCAUGCCCAACUCUAGUCAAGCCUCUUGUAGCAUUCUUUAUUCUAAGAUUUAUCCAGAUAACGUUAAUGUUCAGAAAAAAAAUUUAAUAUUUAAUCUAGAAGUAGAGAAAAAUAAAAAAUACAAUGGUGAAGAAAAAAAGUGUUUGUUAUAUAGAAUACGGAAUCGACUUGCUUACUUUCAAGCUUCUCAGGGAAUUUCGGAUGAUCAAUAUACCUUUGCUACUCUUAUAAAAAAUAUGGGACAAAUAACAGCCAAAUCAUUAUUGGCACUUUUUUAUUUUAUCAUCAACGUGAUUCCUAUGACAUUGUUUUUUUUACAGAUUCUUCUAUAUAUCCUGAGAUUUAUCUUAGAUAAAGUAAUAGACAUUAAACAGAUGAAAGAUCGUCAGCAAAUAGCUGUACAAACAAUGUUUUUGGGCUUACAACUUUCAUUCAUUUAUCUUUGUCUUUCCUUUAUUUUUGGAAUAAUUUGGCUGCCAACUUUUCAAAUUGUUAUGAAAAUUAUAUCAAGCUGCUUAAUUAAUCCUACAUAUAAUUGAAAAUCACAAUAAAAACAAACUAAACUAAAA